AUGCCUGAAUAUAAGGAUGUCAAGAGUUGCGAUUCAAGCUCAAAAGCUACACUCGAUGAACAUCAGUGGUUUCACGGAAUGUUACCUCGCGAAGAUAUUGACAGAUUACUCACAGAAGAUGGUCAAUUUCUGGUUCGCGUCACAGAGCCGCGACCUGAUAUGAUCACACUCGACCAGCUCAUUGGUAAAGGAGCAUUUGGUGAAGUGUAUUCCGGCACCUUAACACUGGGAAUAAACACCGUGAGGGUAGCAGUAAAAGUGCACAAGGGCGGUACUGUUAAUAAGGAGGUGAUCGCAGAAAUUUGUAAAGAGGCGCGAUUCAUGCGCCACUAUCGACAUCCGAAUGUCAUCAAGUUCUAUGGAGUCGCUGUGGAACGGGAUCCGUUGAUGCUCGUUAUGGAGCUUGUUACCGGUGGUGCUCUUGAUAGUCUACUACGGAAGAAAAAAGACGAAUUUUCGUUGCAGGACCUUCUGUAUUUCGCCUACACUGCGUCGAAAGGUCUCGAGUAUCUACAUGACAACGCUUGCAUUCACAGAGAUGUAGCAGCAAGGUUUUCCUGCUUCUUUUGCGAUCUAGAACUAUCUAUUCAUUCUUUUCCUAUUUCUUUGUUCCAUUAUUCUCCAUCUUGACUUGAGGCAGCGCCUACCAAUACGUUGGUUGGCACCAGAGGUGAUGACAACAGCAACGUACUCAAAAAAAAGCGAUGUAUUUUCUUUCGGCGUGCUAUUAUGGGAGGUUAG